AUAUAUAUAUUUAAGGUAAAAUAGUCCAUGCCUUUUCUGAAAACAUGUCGUGAUUGCACUUCAGAAUUUUAAAAAGAAAAUAAAGCUAAAUAAAAAUACGUUAUGUAUAUUUUCCUUGAUUGCAGCAUUGAUAGUCUAGAUUUUCUCAGUCUCUUUAUUUGUUAAUGUAGCUAAAGACUGUUGCCCUAAGAAUUUCGCCGUAUUGUACUCCGUAACUGUGACGCAAUAUUUUGCUUAGCCACCAAGCCUUUAAGGGUCCGGUUUCGUGAGAACGCCAUCUUGGAAGAGCCUAAGCGAAUCUAGCUUAACAUCGUUUUUCUACUGUUUCGACCAAGUAACGGCUAAAAUGGUUUUUACUUAUCUGAGAAAACACCCCGAGUUGGUUCCACUCUUUGUUGUGGUUGGCGCUGGUUGUGUUGGAGCUGGUUAUUACUUAAUGCGACUGGCUCUUAAAAACCCAGAUGCAACCUGGGACAGGAAGAACAAUCCAUAUCCAUGGCAAAAGAUAAAGCAUGACCAAUGCUUGAAGUUUUACACCCAUACUGACUACAGCACGCUGGAAAAUAAGAGACCAAACAUUGAUUGAAGGAUAAGUGGUAUCAAUUGACUGACAGCACUAGUACCACUGCUGAUGAUUUGCAGCUUGCCUAUCUUACUCAUAAAUGUGGAUACUUGAUAAACAUUACUAUAUUGUUUGUGUUGUUGCAUGGUUAUGCUUUCAAUAAAAUGGCUUCUUUCUUUAAUGAG